ACCAAAAUGAAGCCUUGUACGCUGCGGCCGAGCUUCGUCCGCGCAUGGCCAUGCAUCGCCUCCAAUUUCUCUACCUCCUCCUUCCAGCUCCCUCCUCCUCCUCCUCCUCCUCCUCCUUCUCCUCUCGCUCAUGCUCGCGACGUCACUCAAAUUCGCCAUCGUCGCUUUCACUCUUCUCUGUCUGCUCCGCCGCCGCCGCUACUGGCUUCUUCUCCGCCUUCGCUGCUGCCGCUGCCACUGUUUCUAAGGCCACCCAAGCGCACGACCACCGUCUCGGAGCUCUUAGAAUGGCACUCUUGGGCCAAAUCUCUCGCUGCCUCUGUCGGGUCCUCCUUCGAGGACUCCGACAACGGCCCGGACUCCAGUCUCCUCUGCAGGGAGCUCAACUGGCUGAUGGAAGACGUCCUCCACGGGUUCGACCCUUCACUGAUGCACAGAGCCGUCGCUCGCGACGACCCAGAUAUCGUAAUUAGCUUGAGAGCUGAUGUCCAGGAGCUUUACAGCUUAUGGAAGCAGAGGAUCGAGGAGAGAAGGCCCUUUCAGUAUAUAGUCGGGUGCGAGCAUUGGAGGGACUUGAUUCUGUGCGUUCGAGAAGGUGUCUUGAUCCCGAGGCCCGAGACCGAGAUCAUUGUGGAUUUGGUAGGUGAUGUGAUCUCGAAAGAUGAAGAAUUGAGAGAGGGUUUGUGGGCUGAUUUGGGAACUGGUAGUGGCGCUAUUGCUAUUGGAAUUGCCAAGAUCCUGGGUAAUUAUGGAAGCGUUAUUGCAACGGAUUUGAGCCCUGUUGCUAUUCAAGUUGCUUCCUUUAAUGUACAAAGAUAUAGCUUGCAGGAUAAGAUUGAGGUGAGUGAAGGUUCUUGGUUGGAACCUUUGAAGGGCGUUGAAGGAAAAGUUGCAGGUCUCGUGAGCAAUCCGCCUUAUAUUCCGAGUGAUGACAUAAGUGGCUUACAAGCUGAAGUUGGGAGACAUGAGCCAAGGCUUGCCCUGGAUGGUGGCGCUGAGGGCAUGGAUGAUCUUCUCCAUCUGUGUAAUGGGGCUGCUUCAAUGUUGAAACCUGGUGGUUUCUUUGCUUUUGAGACGAACGGAGAAAAACAGUGUGAGUUUCUUGUAGAUUACAUGCAAAAUCAAUUACCAGGAAGCUUUUGCAAUGUCAAUACGCUAUCUGAUUUUGCUGGUAUUCAGAGAUUUGUUACUGGGUUCCGAAAUCGAUGAUCAGCGAUUGCCCGACUGUAUUUCAUCCAUCAUUCUGGAAAGAAAGUAAAUACAUGAGUAUGUGCUAUGAACUUGCUUACUUUCUGGUCAUUGUUUUCUUGUUUUCCUAGCCCCCAUUUUGCGACACUUGUUGCUGUUGUGAAUUUGCAUUUGCAAGAGUAGCAUGUCGAUAUUGCUCGCAUGAUCAUUAAUCCCUUAGUUAGCUUUGUGGUUUAACAUACGGAAUUAGUUCAAUUGUGUAUUAUUUCAGCAAUCAUCACAUUUAUACCUACAGCUAUAAACCAUGUCAUAAUUUCUACUCUGGAAAUCACGCACGUGCGUGUAUGAGAAGCUGCUUGCUCAUUAGAAACACAGCAUCGAGGGGGCUCAAAAGUGUCUCAUGAAGUAAGAUUCUCUCCGACAGCUUGUUAUAAACAUUGCCAGUUGUGCCCUUCAGUGUCAGAUCACUCCAUCUAGGGUCAUCAGCAGCACUAACUCAGCCAUUCAAAAUCAUUUUAACUUGUUUACAUGAUCAUUUAUUAGAAUCUCCCUUUUAAGAUUUUCAGGUGACAAGCUGAUACUGUUGAUCUGUGUAGCAUUGCUGAAGUGCACAACAGAAUGCCCAUGCUUACUACCACCUCUUUGAAGCAAAACUGAUCCAUGUUCUUCAUCCAUCGCGCGCGUGUUGCUGCUCUGAGGGUGGUUUCAAUUUCUUGAGAUGCCUCCAGCAGUUGAUUCAUCAGCUCUCAAAGCAGUCUCUGAGACAACGUGUGCUGCUGCUUCAUCGAGCUUGUCUCUUAUGCCACUUAAAUAAACUACAUACACAGCCUUACAGAAAAGCUUGGUCCUACUCCUAUCCUUCAAUUACUAGAGGUUUGUUGCAGCGGGAUUAUCGAAACUAACAACCCUAUCUGGUAAAAGAUGAAAACAAGGAGGACAGCAAAUGGCAUCGUGUUUUCUAAAUGUUGGGUAAUAACCAACAGGAGGUGCAUCUUUGGAGCAACAGAAUUGCAGCUAUUUGAAUUUGAUGAUGAAGUAAAAAAAAUUGUUGAUGAAGAGAUGAAUGACAGCAUACUCUCUUUUAGCUUUAGAAAAUGGACUCUGCCAUGUCCUAGUGAUUCGAGGAUGACAGAGUAGCACUACGAAUUGUGUAAGGUAUCUUGUUAUAUUUAUGAAAGAUCAUUGGGUUGCUUGGUGAGUUGAUUACUUAAA